AUGAGGCCAGCUCUGGAGACCAAACCUCCCACCUCCCCUGUCCUGGGUGAAAAUGGUUUGACACAAAUCCUGGCCCUGGUGGUGGAGGAGGUCAGGGACUCCAUCAGCAGAGACAUCAAUGGAGCUGACCUGCUCUUCAGCCUCCUCAAUGCCCCCUGGCUGCAGUCUCUACUCAAGGUGUAUGAGUGUUUACAGCAGUACCUGCGGUCGGCUCCCAGGCCCUACCUCCCCUUUGCCUCGAAUCUCUCUCUGCAGGUGUUGGGUGACCUGUCACCUAUGGUGGGUCCAUCUCCGGAAGCCAGAGAACUGUACGACCUACUGAGGAAGCCUCACAUUCAGGCCUUGCUUCUGGCCCAUGACUUGGUGGCGCAGAAAGACUUCGACCCUAUACUGCCCCCUCUGCCUGAAGACCUGCCAGAUGACGAGGAGGCCAUGAGGAUUGUCUGUCUGGUCAAAAACAACCAGCCCCUGGGAGCUACAAUAAGGCGAGAUGAGGCGACGGGAGAAAUAUUCGUGGCAAGGGUCAUCCACGGAGGACUGGCUGACCGCAGCGGCCUAUUACAUGCAGGAGACCGACUUGUGGAAGUGAAUGGUCACCCUGUCUUUGGUCUCGAACCUGAACAAAUCAUAAACAUACUGGCCUGUUCCCACGGCACCAUCAUGUUUAAAGUGGUUCCCAUCACUAACCGACCCAUCAACAACCAGACCAUGCUGUACAUGCGAGCCAUGGCAGACUACAGUCCCAACCAGGACCCCUCCAUCCCCUGCGUGGAUGCAGGCAUGGCCUUCUGCAAGGGAGACGUGCUGGAGAUCGUGGACCAGACGGACGCCCUCUGGUGGCAGGCCAAGAAAAUGCCCAGCACCUCGCUCUGUGCCGGCCUCGUCCCCUCCACCAGCCUGCUUAAGAGGAAGCAGAAAGAGUCCUGGUGGUCACAACCAUUCCAAGUUCAAGCUGGUCUCAAAACCUUGAGCACAGUUGAUGAAGAGGAAGACUUGAUGGCCAUCGAUGACAAAUGCGUAGAGACAGAUGAGGAAGCGUUUGAAUCUGAAGAACUCAAGGACGAUGACAGUGAUUUCAGCACCAAUGUCGCAGGAGUUUACUUGGCGGGUUUCCGGAAGAGCAUGCGUCUGUGCCGACGGCGCAAGGCCCAGGCCAGUGGCUACGGCCAGACCUGCACCCCUCGCUGCCCCAGCAGCUGCCUCAUGGCCCUGGAGAACCCGUACGAGGAGGUGGUGCGCCACCAGCGCCACCCAGGGGACGCCCACCGCCUCAUCGCCCUCAUAGGUCCCUCUGGCGUUGGCGUGAAUGAGCUCCGCAGGAGGCUCAUUGAGAUUGACCCAAAGACCUACCAGGGUGCAGUGCCACACACCACAAGGCCUAGAAAGAGCUAUGAGGAGUCUGGGAGAGAGUAUCACUUCAUCAGCAGAGAACUAUUUGAGAACAUGGUUUUCAAUAACAGGUUCAUUGAAUACGGGGAACACAGAGGUUACCUCUAUGGCACCAGCAUAGAUGCUGCCAAGCAAGUACUGCACAAUGGGAAAGUCUGCGUCAUUGACAUCGAACCCCAUGGCAUUCAAGCGGUGCGGACACAUGAGCUGAAAGCCUACAUCAUCUUUAUCAAACCCCCUUCAGCUGACAGCAUGAAGCUCACAAGGAAGAACUCCGAGAUCAUCACCAACUAUUACAUCAACCGGUCUUUCAAAGAUGAAGACCUCCAGGAGAUAGAGGAGACCGGCCGGAAGAUGGAGUCUCACUUCUAUCAGUUUUUUGAUCACAUGAUCGUGAAUGAUGGCUUGCAAGAGUCAUGUGUCCAGCUGCUCACGGCCGUCAGGAAGGCACAGGACGAACCGCAGUGGAUCCCCGCAUCCUGGAUACGACCCACUAACCAGGCCUGAGAAGAGCCAGAUGAGAGAUUGAAGGAGGAGAGGAGAGGAGAGGAGAGGAAGAGAAGAGGCAAGAGGAGAGAGGAUGAAGAGGGAGUCGAAGAUGAAAAAUGAAGAGAAGUGAAAAUAUGAAGGAAAGGAGAAAGUGUGAACAGUGUAGGGGGGAAUAUUGAGGAGAAGAUGACCAGUACUUUUCAAAGAAAAGGCAAGAUGGGACUGUUGACAUGAUGGCAAACACAAGUCUUCAUUGAGCGAUGGAAAGACAACAAAAGUAGCCUAUGCCUUUUGGGACAUUACCAUCUAAAGUGUCCAUUUUUUAUCCAAAAAUGUUUUUAUUUAUAUACACCAAAAAUGUUAUGAAAGCCAACCAAAUUUAUUCAGAAAAUGUUUCAAUGGCAUGGCCUUUGCCCAUGAAUUUCUCAAGUAGCGCUCGGCAGUUAAACAUCUGACUCAGACGGCAGUGUUUUAGAUUUAGUCAUGCCCUGUCCUUGGUUGCUUAUAACACUAGGCUACUCAAUACAUGCAUAGAGUAGCCUAUCCUGUCAAAAGUUAUUCUGUUCAGGGCCAUAGAGUCUGUGGCUUGGUGGAGUCAUGCGGAGAGACACUGUGCACUAAUUUGUAAACUCACAUUUUUUUUUUACAUGUCACUUCACAUGAUCAAUUCUUAUUACUCUUUGUAGUAAAAGUAAAACUAUGCAUGUUGUGUUCUAUUUUGAGUGAGCAAAUUUGUAUUUCUUAAAUUCCAGGGGGAAAUUUAUCUUGCUGAUUUCUAAAUUGUGAUUUGCUGUUUUAAAUUUGUUUUUUAUUUUUCUAUAGAUAUUGAG